UCUGGGAGAAAGGGGGGAGCGUGCCACGUAAGCUAAAAUUUGAAAUAGCCCUCUCAAUUCCUCAAAUGCUAACGGCUACCAAAACCAGCCCCAAAAUUUAACCCAUCAAAUCCCAACUGGCAAUUCCCAAUUGCUCUGAUAAACUCAGACUCACUCCGAUAAAUCUCUCUCUCUCUCAAAUUCGAAGCUUUCAGAUCUCGAAUUUGAACCCUAAUUCUUUCUUAGAGCUAAUUUUACAUGGCUUCCAACAACCCCGACCUCACCAAAACCCCUAAACGCCGCUCCAACACAUCGCGAAAGGUCCGACUCGUGGCGAAGAUCGGCGGCGUUGCAGAUCCGGCGGCCGAGGCUUCCGGUGGAGUGUCGUGGAUCUCGGUGAACAAGCCCGCCGGAGAGGCGUCGGACAGUGUCACUCUCUCCUUCAGAGACCAAUCAGCGAGCCGUAAAGAGUCUUAUGAAUUGGACAAUUGCUAUGACCAAAAUGAGGAUAAUGGCCUAAUUUUUUCGAGAGAAGUAAAGCCUUUAAUUCCUGGAGUUCUUGAGGGCUGUAAUGCCACUGUCAUUGCUUUGGGAGCUAGAGGGAGUGGAAAGACUAGCUUAAUUCAGGGUUCGAGUGAGAAACCAGGUUUGGCAACAAUGGCAACCAAUGAAAUUAUUUCAGUGGCUGAGAAAAACGGAUGUUCAAUUACUAUAUCCUCAUAUGAGGUUUAUCAGGACCACAUUUAUGAUAUAUUGGAUCCAUCACGCCCAGAAGUUUUGGUUCUGGGAGACACUCAAGGAAACAUUCGGCUUAAAGGACUUUCUCAGGUGCCUGUAAAGUCCAUGUUGGAAUUUAGCAAACUGUAUGUUAGUGGGGGUACUUCCCGUAAACCAGCACCAAAGGGACCAGCUGAACUUUCUCGUAGGUGCCACAAGGGAUUGAUAGUAUAUGUAUCAUCUCAAAGAGAAAAUUCAGAUACCCUUCAAGUCAGCAAGUUAAACUUUAUUGACUUAGCAGGUUACGAAGAUACAAGAAGGAAGAGCAUUGACUGCGUUAAUCAUGUUGAGAGCAGUAAAAUCAAUAAGUCAAUCUAUGCCAUGAUCAAUGUUGUUAAUGCAGUGAGUUCCAAUGGAAACCAUGUACCUUAUCGGGAAAGCAAACUCACACAUUUAUUGCAAGACUCCCUGGGAGGGAUGAGUAGAGUUUUGACAAUCACUUGCUUGAAACUGUCAUUUUGCCAAGAUUCUAUUUACAUGGUAAGCUUGGUGUCUCGCUCUUCUCAAAACACCAAUCAGGCUGUCACAGUCUCAACAAAGAAAAUUAAAGGUCUGAUAAGAUCAGAAGUGCGUUCAUCACAGAAGGGCCAUGUAUCCAUGACUACUUCUGCUAUAGCAAAGAAACAAACUGUCUCCCGAGUGCCUCUUUCUGAGAAGAAAGUCAAUGGGCCUCUUUCUUCCAAGAAAGCAAAUAGUAGUAUGACUUCCGCAUUGAAAGGAAGGAAACUAUUUGAUGAAAGAAGUCGUUUGACCAAAUCGAUGAAGGCAAGUGCUAUGUCAGAUAUUGUCUCAACCAUUGAAACUUCUGUAGCUGAUAAGGAAGAGACCAUUUCAAAUGUUCCUGAAGGAACCGAGCAGCUUAAAUCUGAAGAGUGUAAUUCAAAUGUUCCUGAAGGAACCGAGCAGCUUAAAUCUGAGAAUCCAUCAUCAAAUGCUUUGAAUCCCGUAGAACCUGCAUCUCUUGUGGAAAAGGACGAAUUAUUAUCAGAUGAUCCAAAGCAUGCAGAACAUUCUUUGAAGGAAGAAAAGGAGCAUUUGCUAUUGGAUGAUCCAAAGCAUGCUGAAGAUAAUUCAAUUGCAGAAAAGGAUAUUUCUGUGAAUGGUGAUGUCCCUACAGAGGAAGUUAAUCCUAGUGACAAUAGCAGUAGCAGAUAUGCAUUGGCUUUAGUUGAAGAAGUUCAUGACAUGGAGAAGGAAAACAAUAACUUCCCAGACAAUGAAGAUACAUCACCUCCAAUCAGUGCACGAUUACAAGAAUUGGCAUUAAAAAUGAAAUCACUUUGUUCUUCUUCAACUCCAUUGUGCAUUACGAUGCCAGAGGAGAAAGAUACUUCAUCCAAUAACUUCCUCUGUACUGACAUCAUGGAAUCAAACGCCCCAGUUGCCAGUCAGGAUAUAAGCCACAAUGAUAGUUGGGAGGCUGCAAAUGUCAACAACAUCAUGGAACCAAAGACUCCAGUUGUGGAACCAAAAACCCCAGUUGCUAAUCAGGAUAUAAAACACAAUGACAGAUGGGAGGUUGCAAAUGUCAACAGCCCUUGGGAAACAUUGAGUGUCCGCAGUACUGGUGUCAAGCAAUCUCUUGUUCAAGAAUAUCUUAGCUUCUUAAACACCGCUAGCAAGGAAGAUCUGAAAAGAUUAAAGGGAAUUGGAGAGAAAAGAGCAACAUACAUACUUGAUUGCCGUGAAGAAACUCCUGAGCCCUUCAAGAGUCUUGAUGAUUUACAAGACAUUGGACUUUCAGUGAAGCAGAUUAAGAACUUGAUGAAGAAAGCAGGAGGAGGGCUUUUCGAUUAGUGAACUUUUGGAGAAUCUCCUUUCUCUGAUUGCGUUCUCUUUUAGUCUGUAGAGUGUUCUGUAUCACAAGAACGAAUGUCGAUAUGGCAAUAUUAUAUUGCCUUGAAAUUUCGUGUAAUUUGCUUUACUGUAAUGGUAUAUCUGUUCAUCUGUGUUUCACAACCAUGACAAAUUGAUCAUCAUUAUAUUUUAACCUCA